AUGGCCACCACCGACUCAACUCCCCGCGCAACCAUCCUUCUGUUCGGCCCGCAGGCGCUCUCCUUCACCGGACAGUCGCUGGCCCAGCUACGUCAAGCCGUGCCCAACGACCACCUCCGCCGAUGGAUGCUCGACACGGUGGCCGGCCUGCCGGGCUACUGGCAGAGCCUAUGUCAGAGCCUUCCCUCGCUCGAGACUCAACUUCCUCAGGCCGCAUCACACCUCGCUCGCCUGGACGCCUGGCUCCGGGGGGACGAGGAAUAUGCCCCCGCAGACAACACCAACACCCUGCCUAGCAUCGUGCUCACCCCGCUUGUGGUUCUUGCGCAACUGCUCCAGUACUGGCGGUAUCUGGAGUGGACUGGCCCGUCCGACGCGGACCGCCAAUCCGCUCUCCUGGCGCGACAUGCGGGGCAGGGCCAGGGACAGGCGGAGGCCAUCGGCUUCUGCACGGGCCUGCUGAGCGCCUUCGCGGUGGCCAGCUCGACCUCGCAGAACAACCUGGAGCGGUACGGCGCGGUGGCCAUCCGACUGGCCAUGCUGGUGGGAGGACUGGUGGAUGUGCAGGAGGCCGAGGGCGCCUCGGAAUCGUACGCCACGGCCUGGCAGACCGACCACCAGGCUGCUCAGAUGGCAGAGAUCCUGCAGCAGCUGGCCCCGAACGCCUACCUCUCUGUCCGCUACGACGAGUCCCGCGCUACCAUCACCGCGUCGGCGCCCACAGCCCCGACGCUCGUCGAGAAGCUUCGUGCUGUCGGCAUCACCGUCGCUCAGGUGGCAUUGCGCGGAUACUUCCAUACCUCGCGGGCCGAAGACCUCACCUCCGCCCUUGUCCAGCUGUGUGAACGCACCCCGGACCUGCAGUUCGCCGAUGCAGCCAACACCGUCCUGAGAACCUACACCAACGCGGGGACCGGGCCCGUGCAGACCGGGCCGCUGCACACGCUCGCCAUCCGGGCCAUCCUAGCCCGCCUCCGCCCCGCCAGCCCUAAUCUCCUUCGGUCCCGGACGCUUCAUCCCCCCUCCCUCCUCCCUGCCCUCGGCCCCCGCCUGCUACACUUCCCCGACACCUCCCCCGCCAGCACCCCCUCCGAAUCCAUCGCCAUCGUCGGCCUUUCCAUCAAAGUCGCCGGCGCCGACUCGGCCACCGAAUUCGCCUCCGUCCUGCGCAGCGGCCAACCGCAACACGAGCAGAUCACCCCCGAACGACUCAGCUUCGACACGCUCUUCCGGCAAGGCGACUGGGACGCGUCGCGCAAAUGGUUCGGCAACUUCAUCCGCGACCCGGACGCCUUCGACCACAAGUUCUUCAAGAAGAGCCCGCGCGAGUCCGCCACGAUGGAUCCCCAGCAGAGGCUGUUCCUGCAGGCUGCCUAUCAGGCCGUGGAGAUGGCGGGGUAUUUCUCGUCGUCCUCCGGGGGAGCGGAAGCGGGAGGCCGAGGAUCCUGCAUUGGGGGGGAUGGCGGAGACACCACUCGGGAUACGCACCACGUCGGUGUCUACGUCGGCGGAUGCACCGGGGACUACGAGCACAACGUGGCCUGCCACCCGGCGAACGCAUUCACGGCGACAGGCAACCUGCGGAGUUUCAUCGCCGGCAAAGUAUCCCAUUUCUUCGGCUGGACCGGCCCCGCCAUGAUGUUCGACACGGCGUGCUCCGCCUCCACCGUGGCGCUGCACACAGCCUGCCGGAACCUGCUCACCGGGGAGUGCAACGCCGCGCUGGCCGGCGGCGUGUCCACGAUGUCGAACCCCCUCUGGUUCCAGAACCUGGCCGGGGCGACCUUCCUCAGCCCGACGGGGCAAUGCAAGCCGUUCGACGAUGCCGCCGACGGCUACUGUCGCGCCGAGGCCAUCGGGUGCGUGUUCCUCAAGCGCAUGUCGGAUGCGGUCGCGGACGGGAAUCCCAUCCUCGGGACCAUCGCCGCCUCCGCCGUGUAUCAGAACCAGAACUGUACGCCGAUCUUCGUUCCCAACUCGCCGUCGCUGUCGGUGCUGUUUGGCGAUGUGCUGCGUAAGGCCGGGCUCGAGGCACAGGAUGUUUCGCUGGUCGAGGCGCAUGGCACGGGUACCCCCGUCGGCGAUCCGGCGGAGUAUGAGAGCGUGAGGCUGGCGCUGGGCAAGCGGAGCAGCCCGGUGAUUGUGGGCUCCGCCAAGGGGCAUGUCGGCCAUGCGGAGGGCGCGUCGGGCAUUGUCUCGCUCAUCAAGGUGUUGGUGAUGAUGCAUGAGGGGUUCAUCCCCCCCCAGGCCAGCUUCACCACCCUGAGUCGGCAUAUCAAGGCCGACGAGCUGAUCCGGAUCUCGACGGCGUUGCAGCCGUGGAAGACGCCGUUCAAGGCCGCCCUGAUCAACAACUAUGGCGCUUCCGGCUCGAACGCGUCGAUGAUCGUGACGCAGUCCCCCUAUAGGACGGACGGUCAGGAUGCGGCGAUCAGAAAGAGUGCGGCGGCCUUCCCGUUCUGGAUCCCUGGGUUCGAUGCACGGAGUAUCGGGGCGUAUGCGGCGAAGCUGAGGGAGUUUAUCGCUGGCCGGGGGAGCGUCUCGCUGCCGGAUCUCUCGUUCAACGUGAACAAGAAAUCCAACCGCGCGCUGCCCCAGGGGCUGAUCUUCAGCGCUCGCUCCGUGGCAGAGCUGGAGCAGAAGCUGUCUCAUGCUGCGGCGUCCCCCGUCGAGGCUGGUGCGGCGGCUGUCAAGGGGGCAAGGCCGGUCAUCCUGUGCUUUGGUGGACAGGUGUCGACCUUCGUCGGCCUGGAUCGGGCCCUCUACGACAGCAUCCCGCUGCUGCGUGAGCAUCUGCACCAAUGCGACGAGGCGGGACAGGCCCUCGGUCUGAACAGCAUCUUCCCCGAUAUCUUCGCGCGCACGCUCCUGGGCGACCCCUUGCGGCUGCAGCUGGCACUGUUCGCCGUGCAGUAUGCCUGUGCGCGCAGCUGGAUGGACAGCGGGCUGGCGGGCAAAGUCGUGUCCGUCGUGGGCCACAGCUUCGGCGAGAUCACGGCGCUGUGCGUAUCCGGCAUCCUCAGUCUGGCGGAUACGAUCCGGCUGGUGGCUGGGCGGGCGACGCUCGUGCGCGAGGCCUGGGGAGGUGACCCUGGCGCCAUGAUGGCCGUCGAGGGCGACGAGACCGCCGUGCAGGGCCUCCUUGCGGCAGCCAACGCGCAGUACGGCGGCGAGUCCCCCGCCAGCAUCGCCUGCUAUAACGGUCCGCGCAGCUUCACUCUCGCCGGGUCGACCGAGGCGAUCGACGCCGUGGCGGAGGUGAUCUCCCAGCAGUCCCAGCCCCUGCGCAGCAAGCGACUGAACGUGCAGAACGCCUUCCACUCCAUCCUGGUGGAGCCGCUGUGCGCGCGCCUGCAGGAGGUCGGCCACGGACUGGCUUUCCAGGAUGCAGCGAUCCCCCUGGAACGCGCGACGCAGGCCCGACACACGGGCCGGUUGACGGGGCAGUUCGUGGCCGACCACAUGCGCCAGCCGGUGUUCUUCAACCAGGCCGUGCAGCGGCUGGCGGCGGACUAUCCCGAGGCUGUGUGGCUGGAGGCCGGCUCCAGCUCGACCAUCACCGUCAUGGCCGGGCGUGCCCUAACCAACGCCCACUCCUCCGGCCACCACUUCCAGGCCCUGUCUCUGACGACAAUAGACAAAGCCCUCGACGGCCUCACCGACGCCACCGUCUCGCUCUGGAAACAGGGCCUCCCCGUCACCUUCUGGGGACACCACGCGCGCCAGACCCCCGAGUACGCCUCGCUGCUGCUCCCGCCGUACCAAUUCGACAAGACGCGACACUGGCUGGACCUGAAAUCCCCCCCCGACGGCCCCCCGAUGGCCCCCUCCGACGCGCUGUUCACCUUCACGGGCUACCAGAACAAGCAGGACGCGCUCUUCCGGAUCCACACCUCCAGCCCCCGCUACCAGAAGUACUUCCUCCCGCACGUCAUCGCACAGACGGCGCCCAUCUGCCCCGCGACCGUGGAGAUGGACAUCGCCAUCGAAGCGCUCUUCAGCCUGCACCCCGACUGGGCCGCGGAGGGCCGCCAGCCCAUCGCCCUGGACCUGGUCAACCAGGUGCCCAUCUGCGCGGACCCGACGCGGACCGUGUGGCUCGACCUCUCGCCCGUCGACUCGGACUCCUCCUGCCCCCUGUGGAGUUGGAAGAUGCUCACCUCCUCCUCGCCCUCCACGCCCACCAGCAACCCCACCGUCCACGCCGAAGGCCGUCUCCGCGUGCCCUCGCCCGCCGCCGGAACCCUCCACGCCGAAUUCGCCCGCUACGAGCGUCUCGGCCGGAAUAUCUACCGCACCUUCGCCGACGUCGUCGACUACGGCCCCAUCUUCCGCGGCGUGCAGCGCAUCGUCGGCACCGAGAACCAAAGCGCCGGCUACGUGACCCGGCCUCACGCCGCGGAGUCCUGGCUCGAUGUCCCCCUGCUGGACAGCGUGUGUCAGGUCGGCGGCCUGUAUCCGAAUUGUCUGGUCGAUCGCAACCCCGGCGAUAUGUUCAUCGCAACGGGCAUUGAGUUGCUGAUGCGGUCGCCGAGGGUGGCCAGGGAGGAUAAGAGGCCCGAGGCGUGUCAUGUGUUGGCGUGUCAUGCGUGGGUUUCGGAGAAGGUCCUCAUGACGGACGUCUUUGUGUUUGAUGCGGACACCGGAAGGCUGGUGGAUGUCGUGCUGGGGAUCCAUUAUGCGAGGGUCGCCAAGGCGAGUAUGGUUAGGGUUUUGGGCAGAUUGACCGGGGAUCAGGGCGUUUUGAGGGGGGGUGUUGCUGGGGCUGGGGCUGGGGCUGGGACGGGAGAUGAGGGACUGGUGCGGCCGGUGGUGCAGGCUCAGGCACCGGCUAAGAAAGAGAAGAAAGAGAAGAAAGAGAAGAAAGAGAAGAAAGAGAAGAAGGAGAAGAAGAAACCGUCUGCCCGCCCCGACAUCACCGACGACGUGCGCAAGCUGGUCGCCAACAUCUCCGGCAUCGAGGCCAGCGAGAUCGCGCUGGAUUCGGAACUGGCCGACUUCGGCAUCGACUCGCUGAUGGGCAUGGAGGUGGCGCGCGAGGUGGAGACCGUGUUCAAGUGCAGUCUGCCGCAGGAGGAUCUGCUGGAGGCGACCAGUCUGCGCAAGUUUGUCGUCUGCAUCUCCAACGCGCUGUACGGGGCUGCUUCGGAUCCCCCUGCUGCCGCAGAUGAUGAGGUCGAAGAUGAAGAUGACUCCUCGUCUGACGACGGGGCCGCAACCCCCCGGAACUCCUCGGACAGCGAGACCAGCGUCGAGAACAGCCCGCCUGCUGCUGCUGCUGCUGCUGCUGCUGCCAGCAAACCGGUCGAGAAGCCCCCGGCAACCAGCAACCUGAGCCUCUCGCGUGAGGACGUGCUGGAGAGCUUCGGGGCCGUCAAGCUGCGCGCGGACCAGACGCUGCGCGACCACGGCAUGCACAGCUUCGAUCAGAGCGUCGCGGCGUCGAACCAGCUCUGCGCGGCGCUGAUCGUCGACGCCAUGGAGGCGCUGGGCUGUGCCAUCCGCAGCGCGAUGCCCGGGCAGAUCCUCCCCCGGGUGUCGUUCCAGCCCCAACACCACCGCAUGAUGGACUUCGUCUACGGCUUCCUCUCGCAGGUGGCCCGACUCAUCGACAUCGACCCCUCCGGACAACUCACCCGGACGUCCAUCGCUGUCCCCCGCCAGUCCAGCCAGGCGCUCCUCCAGGACCUCCUCCAGCGGUACCCCGAGACCACCGUCGCCCAUCUGCUAACCCACUACGCCGGGCAGCGUCUGGCCGACGUACUCAGCGGCAAGACCGACGGGAUCCGGGUCAUCUUCGGCUCGCCGGAAGGCCGCGAGCUCGUCCAGGGGCUGUACUGCGACUACAUCCUCAACCGGGUACACUACAGCAACAUGCGCGACGUGAUCGGGCAGCUGGUGCAGCGGAAAUCCUCCUCCCUCAGCGCCUCCAACCCCCUCAAGGUCCUGGAAAUGGGCGCCGGCACCGGCGGAACAACCUACGUGCUCGCGCCCUUCCUCGCCUCGCUCCACAUCCCAGUCGAAUACACCUUCACCGACCUCUCCCCGUCGAUGGUGGCCAACGCGCGUCGCAAGUUCGGAGCCCAGUACCCAUUCAUGCGCUUCGCGGUGCACAACAUCGAGAAGCCCCCCGCCGAGGAACUCUGCGGCGCGCAUGUCGUUAUCGCUAGCAAUGCCAUCCACGCGACGCAUAGUCUGCAGGCGUCUGCGACGGAGAUCCGCAAGGCUCUCCGCAACGACGGCUUCCUGAUGAUUCUGGAGAUGACGGAGGCGUUGCCGUGGGUGGACGUCAUCUUUGGCCUGCUGGAGGGAUGGUGGCUGUUCGACGAUGGGCGCCCACAUGCCAUCGCGCCCCCGGAGGUCUGGGAGCGCGAUCUCCACGCCGCUGGGUUCGGGCAUGUCGACUGGACGGAUGGUGCCUUGCCGGAACAUCGCUUCGAGAAGGUCAUUCUGGCCAUGGCCUCGGGACAGCAGCAGGCUCGGCUCCCUGCUCCGGUCCCUGAGAGUGCCCCCACGACGGCAAAGAGGGAUAUCCUCGCCCUCCAGGCCGAAGCAGACCAGUACAUCCAAACCUACACAUCCACCUUCCUUCCCCCAUCCCCAUCCCCCUCCCCCUCCCCCUCCCCCACAGAGAAACAAACAGGCGCAGUCAUCCUCCUCACCGGCGCGACCGGCAGCCUAGGCAGCCACCUCGCCGCAACCCUAACCGCCCACCCCUCCAUCGCACGGGUGAUCUGCCUGAACCGGCCGAGCAACACCGACGCGACAACCCGGCAACUCAACGCCUUCAGCACCAGGAACAUCGCCCUGGCCCCCACCCAGCAAUCCAAGCUGCUCGCCCUACAAUCCACCACCUCGCAGCCCCAUCUCGGCCUGCCCGAAUCCGAAUACAACGAUCUCACCCAGACGGUAACCCACAUCAUCCACAACGCGUGGCCGAUGAGCACCACCCGCCCCUUAGCCUCCUUCGCGCCUCAGUUCCAGACGCUGCAGAAUCUCCUCACCCUAGCACGCGACGCAAACGCCCACUCGGGGGGGGAGAUCACCUUCCAGCUCGUCUCCUCCAUCGGGGUGGUCGGUCAUUCGCCGACCCCCCUGGUGCCGGAGAGUCGGGUCCCGCUGUCGUCGACGUUGGAGAACGGAUACUGCGAGGCGAAAUGGGUGUGUGAGCGGAUGCUCGACGAGACGCUGCACAAGCAUCCCGGCCGGUUCAGAGCGAUGGUCGUUCGCCCCGGGCAGAUUGCCGGGUCCCGGGAGACGGGGGUCUGGAAUGCCGUCGAGCACUUCCCGUUCCUGGUGAAGAGUGCCAGCACACUUGGGGUGUGGCCGGAUCUCGAAGGCCGGCUGCAGUGGGUUCCGGUCGAGGAUGUGGCGUCUACCAUGCUGGAUCUGCUGAGCCUGGAUUCGGCUCCCGGGGUGGAGGGGAAAGGGGGGGAGGAUACGAAGGAUGGGUAUCCAGUCUAUCACAUCGACAACCCCGUCGGCCAAGACUGGAAGGAGAUGAGUGCCGUGUUGGCGGGCGAGCUGGGCAUUCCGAGGGAGAAAUGGGUUGGGUUUGAUGAGUGGAUCCGGCUGGUGAAACGGUCUCCGGUCUCCGAGGCCGAGAAUCCGGCCGUUCGCCUGGUUGGAUUCCUGGAAGGGAACUUUGAGAGGAUGUCCUGUGGGGGACUCGUUCUGGAUACGAAGCUCGUGAGCGAGCAUUCGGCUACUAUGGCGGGCCUGGGGCCCGUCCCGGAGGAGGUGGCCAGGGGAUGA